AUGUCCGAAUCACCGCAAGAUAGUACCGUGGACAACUACGCCCGGCAGUUUAUGCCGCCCGAGCGUCGUGCCCGGUUGAACGACCAACCGCCCGUGGCCGACCCCGUUGAGGAAACUGUGGCGGUGGCGGAUACACCCCCGGCGAGUGGCGAGGCAGUCCCCGAAGCCCCGGUGGUCCCCGACAGCGUGGCCCCGACCCCGCCGGUGGAGACUACUCUCUCUGAACCACCGCCCGCGCGUUCCACAUCCGAUAACGGCGCGCGGCCCGUCGCGGCGGCUCCGGCGCCCGAGCCGUGGCAGGACGCCGCCGACGAGGAUGAGGCCGCUCCGGCAUACGUCGAGGCCAACGACCUUUUCAAGAUCUACAAACCGGCUGACCUGGAAGUGGUCGCCCUGCGUGGCGUCGAUCUCGAGAUCCGGGCCGGCGAGCUGAUCGGUAUCGUCGGCGCCAGCGGUUCCGGCAAGACCACCCUCCUGAAUAUCCUCGCGGGACUCGAACGCCCGUCGGCCGGCCGUAUCCGUGUCGGCGAACGCGACCUGCUGGACAUUACCGACCAGGACCUGGUGGCCUACCGCCGCCGCGAGGUCGGGUUCGUUUGGCAGGCCACCGGCCGUAACCUCGUGCCAUAUCUGAGCGUACGCGACAACAUCGAGCUGCCGCAGGCCAUCGCCGGCGUCGGCAAGAAGCAGCGCCGCGAACGCGCCGAAGAACUGCUGGAAGCCCUCCAGAUGUCCGACAAGUCCCGCCGCUACCCGUCGGAGCUUUCCGGCGGCGAGCAGCAGCGCGUGGCCAUUGCCGUUGCCCUGGCCAACAACCCGCCCUUGCUCCUGGCGGACGAACCCACCGGCGAGCUGGACACCAACAUGGCCGAGGAAGUUUUCCGGAUGCUCCAGCGCAUCAACCGGCGGUUCGGCGUCACGAUCAUCAUCGUUACCCACUACGCCGGCAUCGCACACUGGGUGGACCGGGUGAUCCGUAUCCGCGAUGGUCGCAUCGGCUCCGAGUCCUACCUCAUGUCUUCCUAUCGAGGCGACGAGGGCCGCGAGGAAGAGUACCUGGUGGUUGACCGCGCCGGCCGCCUCCAGUUGCCCCGCGAAUACGUGGAGCAGCUGUCGCUGGAGGGACUGGCCACCGCGGGCCUGGACGAGGAUACCGGCUCCAUAACCCUGCGCCCGGCCACGGCGCCCCACCGCAGCCGGGAGAGGUGGGAGACCCUUGCCGACAACUAG